AACCGAGGUAAUGUUACCGUGUAGCUGUUUACGGAGAAUUUUUGGUAAUUUCAUAGGGUACAUCUAAUUUCCCCGGUUAAAUUCGAAACGGUAUCAAUUCCCCAGAAUUUUCUCCGAUUAACAUACUAUGGUAUUACCUAACGUAUUUUAGGUGGGGAUAAAACUAUAUCAAGAAAAAUUAUCUGAAAAAAUGCAUCGAUCGAAUGAUUUCAAAACUCCCCAAACACACAUAAACGAUGCAUUAACGAUCCCGCGUAAAAUCAGCGCGCGAAUCUCAAGUUCCAUGCUUAACUUCGCGAUGUAGAAUUUUUCGAAAACUUCAAAUAUACUGUACAGCUGUUGGAAUGCAUAGGUAAUUGAAAUUGAUGCGUACGUAUUCACCGUGGCAGGAGUUUGAUGUCAGGGCGAUAGGGGUAAGUUUAGGGAAAGGUAAGGGAAGAUCGGGGGAAGAAAACGCGUUGCCAUCGGUCGAAAAUCUUCCGUUUGAAGAUUUCCGUCGAGAAACGUCGGACGUGGUGCGGCGCAUUGGCGACGGUGAAAUCAUAGAGGGGACGACCCCUCUUGCCCUACUCCGUUGGGCGCAACGUCAUUGUGCCGUGUGGGGCCAUGAUCGUUGUAGUGUGUGUGCGUCCCUCGAGCUGCGCGCAGCCUGCCCAGUAAAUACGAGGUUUCCGUUCACCGAGUACGUGUCGAAAGAGUGCGUAGUAAACGAAGAAAGUAUCCACAUCUCGGUAUCCCGUGUCACCGGCGUGUGUCCAUCAUGCCGUUGAGUAUUGGGGUUAACCUAAGAGUGACCGGGCACUGUAAUCAGGGCGGUCGUAAGUACAUGGAGGACAUGUUCAGCGUGGCCUUUCAAUCUACACCGGAUGACAAAGAUCUGGAGUACGCCUUCUUUGGGAUAUUCGACGGCCACGGUGGCGGCGAGGCAGCUACCUUCGCCAAGGAGCACCUUAUGAACGUAAUCGUGAAGCAGAAAAAUUUUUGGAGUGAUCGUGACGAAGACGUACUUCGAGCCAUCAGAGACGGAUACGUGAACACGCACUAUGCGAUGUGGCGGGAGCUUGAUAAGUGGCCAAGAACCGCAUCCGGGCUACCAUCUACGGCCGGUACCACAGCUAGCAUAGCGUUCAUUCGCAAAGGAAAGAUUUAUAUUGGCCACGUUGGAGAUUCCGGUAUAAUACUUGGGUACCAAGUGGACGGCGAUCCACAGUGGCGGGCCAGGGCGUUAACCAAAGACCACAAGCCGGAAAGUGGGCCAGAAAUGGUAAGAAUACGUGAGUCUGGUGGUAAAGUAGUCAGUAAAUCAGGAGUGCCAAGAGUUGUGUGGAACAGACCGCGCAUAGGACACAAGGGACCGGUUCGGAGAUCAACUCAUAUAGAUGAAAUACCAUUUCUUGCUGUCGCUAGAUCUUUAGGUGAUCUUUGGAGUUACAAUUCCGAAUUAGAUACCUUUGUUGUAUCUCCAGAACCGGAUGUUAAAGUAGUUGCAAUUGAUGUUGAAUCACAUCGUUGUCUUAUUUUUGGAACAGAUGGUUUAUGGAACAUGUUGACGCCCCAAGCUGCAGUUGCUAUUGUUCAAGCUGCCGACAGGCACAAUGAGAAACACCUGAUUGCCUCUCAGCAAACGUGUAACGGGCAAGCUGAUAACGUUCAGCUAUGGAUAAACCCCUCGAAGAGCCUAGUAGACAGAGCAUUAGAAAGGUGGUCCUCGAAAAGGCUGCGUGCCGAUAAUACAAGUGUAGUUACAUUAAUGCUGGACCCACCUGGUCCAUCCCGUAGCGAGGUUAUAUUGAGCCAAAAAGAAUGUGGCUUACCGCAUCAUAGUGCACCCACGCUUACAGCUACACCAGUUUCUGAAAACCCAGAGAAACUAACACCCAGUCCAGUUGUUCGAAGCGUACCAAGACCUUCUCCAAUAAUAACUCACAAUGUUGAUCUCAAGAGACCAGACUUCUUGCCUGGAACCGAAGACAGCAGAGAGCCAAGAUCAGAUAAUCCGUUGUUGGUAAACAAGGUUGAUGAAAAUUUUGAUUUAACUCACGAAUCGAAAGAUCUAAUGCACGAAAAUGUAGAGAACAACCCUAUAGAAAGUAGUAUUCAGGUCUCAGAGACCAUUUCUAACGGAAUAGUCGACAACUUAGAAACAAGUAUCGCUGAAUUCGAAAAAGACUCGACAGAGGUAAUUGAAAGGCCUGAUAGGGAACAGACAGAGAAGCUAGAUAAACAGGAGGAUGGUAUUGACGAGGUAACUCAUGAAAACGAAUCUUCCGAAUCAAAAGACAGAGACGACACGAAUGUUAAAAAUGUGAUACACCAAAGUGCAUUUUCUAGUGAACGUAAUGACAUUGACUCUUCUACUUGUGUUAGUAGUAACGAACAGAACAGUGAUUUUAUCACGGAAAGUAAUGCUAAUGAGAAUGAGAUAAAAAGUGACGUUUUAAACAAACCACGUCAUAAACAGUCCACGUUAUUUUCUGGCCCGAGAACGGAAAUCAGGAACGGACGAAGGGGUCACACCUUGAACGCCCAUUCGCGUAAUACUAUUGUAGAUUCAGGUUCGUUAGAGGGGAAAACUUAUGUUAAUUCGAGAUUUAAAUUGCGGAGUACAAAGGUAUCGGUGACAGGGAAUACAGUGGAGGAAAGUGUAAGGAACUCGGCUAGCAAGACGAGGAGUAGUGCUGUUGGUAAUAAAAGGAGACAUAGUGCAAUAUCACAGAGUGUAGUUAACACGUCUGACGAGUCAUGUGUUCUACAAGAAUCAUCGGUGAAGAGGAGAACGCGUUCGGAGGAUCGUAGGAACCCAGUCGACGAGAACGAUCCGGCUAAUCAGUCGACGAAGGAUGCGAGCAGUAAUUUAAGUUGGCCUAAUACCGAAUCGAAUAUCACUCGUUCGACGAACGGUGCUACAACUGUACCUGUACAAGACAGGCUAUCUUUGAACACUUUCCAAAGAAAUUUAGGAAAGAAAGCCACACCGGUGAAGGCGAUCAGAAGACCAUCGCUGAAAGGUCUGUUGAAGCAACUCUGGGCUGCUAGUCGUGGGGCGAGAGAGUGGGAUCAAGGGAAAAGUAAUAGAACAACGAGUAGUUGUACCGAGCGAAGGAUAAACCGAACUAUGUCUAUUAUAGGCUCGCCAGACACCGUUUCGCAACGUUGGCUUAGGUCGGACACCAUUGCUGCUGCGACACCUGUUAAAACAUUGCGUUCACGUAACGUCGAGAUAAACGGUCACACGAUAUCAGCACAAUUAGUCCAUCAGUACGGAAUGGUAAAGCAAAGUCGACUUUCUUUGCCGAGUAAAUUGAAACAGUCUAGUAAUAAUGGUUAUCUACAGUCGAGUAGAGUAAGGUCAUCCUCGUUGUCGUCCGGUAUAAAACAAAAUAAUAAUGGUACCGGGAACGGGGCAUGCUCGACGAUUAAUCCUACGAGCACAGGAUGCAACACUAGUUCUGGGAUGGCUAAGAGAGUAAAGUCACCUUAUAAUCCAAGCGCUAGAUCAUUAACCACGAGAUCACGAAUUAAGCGUCUUGGAAAAUGAGGUAGAGUAACACGUGUUGAUUAUGUUACUUGUUUUACAGGGUAUUGUUUCUUACCCUCAAAGUUUCUUUUUAUUUUUUCUUUCUUUACUGCGUGUUGCUUUUGAUUUCUAUGGAAGGUGUGCUGAUUAUAAAUAUUUUCGUCUGUACUAUUGCAUUUCAUCGCGGAUCUUAUGCGUCAAGGAUAAUGCCAUAGGCAAGGUAUUUUGUCAGAGUCAAAGUUUUCCAGAUGCCUCGAAGGAAUUGGGCUUGCAUUUUAUGGACCAAAUUCAUACAUAAAAAAAAGAGAGAAAUUAACCUCGUUUUUUUUUUUUUUUUUUCUAGUGUAAUUCUUACCUCCUCUUGAACUGUUUUAAAUAGCAAGCAGGGCAACAGCUUUCUUAUCGAUGCAAUGGUAUACGCCACUUCAACUUCCACGACACAUUAAAGGUGAAAAAUCAAUAGUAUUUUUCAUAAUUGCGUACUUUUCAACAUUAUCAAUGUUAGCAAUAAUAUAAACACCAAUUGAGAAUGGUAUAACGUGUUCUUUCAUUUUUCGUGUUCCACUGUGACGAAAUAUCAAACGAAUAGAAUUUGCACGUGUAUUCUCCAGUUGAUCCUGUUGUCCAACGUGUGUCAUUAUCCGUAUACAAUUUUUGCAUUAUAGAACAGAUAUCUAAUUUUUGAUCUUGGAAAGUAACAGUUAUCUUAUUUCUUGGAGAUAACUUAAAUGUUCCUGUUUCUUCAAAUUCCAACUGUUAGUUCAAAAAUGAUCAAUAUGGAUUAAAAUUUGUAUUUAUUUAAAGAUGCUUUGUUUAAUAUUUUUAUUGCUUCGUUUCGCUAAAAAAAUAUCACUGGCUUAAUGACUAAUAUGAGACUCCUUUCAAUUAUUCUAUGCUUUCUAAUAUUUGACUAGCUUAUUGAGGUGUUAAUUAUAGAAAAAAAAAGGGGGAAGUUAAGAAAGUAAAUGAACAUAUGUAUAAAUUGUAUGAGUAUGAAAGGAUGAACAAGAAGAUAGAAUGAAUGCGUCAAAGGGAGAAAAUGUUUGUAUACGUGAUUUGUAGAAAUUAUGUUUUUCCAAUGAUUCCUUUAAGUGUUACAGUCUUCUUAGGAGGAAACGACUUUAAGGUGAUUAACAAAUGGUUAAAGAGAAUGUAAUUUGCUUACAGUAAGAUUUAGAAGUUAUUAAUAUUAUAGGAUGUAGGUACGUAAUCAGUGAUCUGCUUUGGCUAAGUACGGAGUGGCUAUUCAAGAUUCAAUGAAAAUGAAAAGUAAUCAUUAAAUUUUGAUAUUUAACUUUAUACGAUCACAGCACAAAGUCCCUGUCUUUCUAUGUAAAAAGAAUAACUCGUUAUUCUAUUUAUCAUCGUUAGAGGUAUUUCAUUGUAAGUAAUAUGUGCACCAUGUCUUGAAUAGCAACCAUUUGGUACGAAGCAACAAAAUGACUGUCUAUUAUGCGAUAUGAAAUAUAGAUUAUAUUUAGAACAAUUUAUUGAAAUGGUUGAAUUAAUUGAAUAAGUAAUAAAUUCAGUUGUUUAUAGUUGUAUAAUAAUGAAAGGGUGAUCAGGAUGCAGGUGUUUUAUAUAAAUCAGUGCUUAAAUUUUUAAGUAGGAAUACAAUUCAUUGGAAUUUCUUCUUUUUUUUUUUUUUUUUCAUUUUAAGGAUGUGAUUUCUGAGCAUGCGGUAUUACUUUAAGGGAUAAUUUAAAGUUUUUAAGUAGCUAGCACUGCACGGUGCAAAAUGUACUUCAGGACAAUUUAGAUUGAACUUGUUAUAAAUAAUUAAAGUGGUACAGUAAGUUCACGUGUACAUACUACAGUUUUAUUUUACAAUUUAUACUCUUUUCUUUUGUACAAAAAAUUACUAAGAAUCUGAUCAAGGAUUUUAACUUGACUAUACAAAUUUUGGAACUGAUUUAAUUCAUUUAAUAAAUAGAAAAUAUAUUUCAUAUAAAAUAACAUUGUGAUAAAAGAAUUUACUGUGUCCACAGGUUUAAAAUUGUAGUAAUACUUCAGAAAAGUACAUGUUUAUAAUUACUUUAUCUAAUAUUUUUAUAUUUUUACGUUUCAUUAUAGACAGUGCAAAGAAACAUAAGUUAUAUGAAAGGGUGACGAAGAGUAUGAUAAAUAAUAACACGUGCCUACAAUAGUUACCAUUUAAAUGUAUAUAUAUAUGUAUAUAUAAAAAGUGUAUUAGGAUAUCAUGGACCAAGAAGAAAGUGUUUUUCAAUUAUUGUAACAGACAAAAGCGACAAAAGACUAAAACAAAUUUUAAAUGGAAUAGAUAUUAGACUUAAUUAAAAAAGAAGAUAUAUAUAUAUAUACUUUAGGAAUGACUCUUCUUGGUGCAUGCCACUAUAAAGUUGUCACUAUAUAUACAUAUAAAUAUAUAAAUAUGUAUUUAAACAUUUAAAUACAUAAAUUGUAAAUGUAAAUUGUACACGUAUAUUCAUGAGGUGUCUAUAUACGUGUAGAUAAAAAUUGUAGAUGAUUAUGCUCAUAGGAGAAGAAAUAAAUAAAAUUUUUGCUAGCGUUUAUUUAUAUACAUGAAAAAUUAUUAUAUAAUUAUACAUAGAGAAAAAGAGUGGAGUAGUUAAAAAAAAAAUUUAAAAAAAGGACGAAACCGUCUAAUCGCGCUUGUAGGUUUAACAUACGUUAAAUAGGUGAUCGAAACUAAGUAUUUUCUGAGAGUUGAAGUAACAAGAACAGAUGGGUUUAUUAAUGAAAUCAGAAACAUUGUAGCAAAUGAAAAUUAAAUAGUGGUUUAUCUCAGGUUAAGACUAGGUCGAAGGAGGAGAACUCGAACAAAUGUGUGAUCACGUUUAAAAUCUGUAUAUUUUAAUUAAAUAAACUGAAAUAUACAAAUGCUUGUAAAUGUUUUCAUUGUGAAACUUAGUACAAGACUUCAACUCAAUGUAAACUGUUAAUAUUCCUUGUAAUGGUACAAAAAAAAAAAA